AUGGCUCCCAAGAGGAGAGCCAGCAUAUCCGAUGAUGAUCUUGAUGCGCUCACCGAGGAUCUCAGUAAGGUAAUCACCUCGACCGCCAGGCCCGACUACAGGGAUGAUGUGACAGGAGGCCCGCGCAACAACGUCGAGUUGCUCAAGUGGGCAGACACGAUAGCGUUGCUGCCAGCGGGCUUGCCACAACUCCAGCUACAGAAGGCGCUCGACACAGUGGCGGCGGAGAAGGAAGACACGUUCCACCUGAGCGACUCGAGAAGCAAGUGGGCAGAGGGCUUGGCCAAGAGAUUGAGGGCAAUGAGGCGCGACAUGGAGCAGUGCGUCAGCAAUUUCAGGGAUCGUGCAGACGACGAGGACAUCCCAGAAUGCCUGGUGGCGUUUCGGAAGCACUCGAGACCAUCCGGCCCUGCCGAUGAGGAAGUCGACGGUGCCGACAAUGGCGCAGAUGAGGACGGCGCAGGGAGCGGGGCCGAGGUCGUUCCUGCCGAGCCAGCCGGAGAUGAGGACGAGGAGUCAGCUGGCGAGGAGGUGGCGGCUGGCAAGGCUGCUGAACAGCCAGCGGAGACUGCAGCUUCGGGAUCGAGCGCUUCGGGAUUGACCAGUGCUGCAGACAAGCUGCCUGCUGGGGCGCCCUGCUCGAAGCGGCGGAGGACAACAACUCCUGGGGAUUACGUGUGCAAGUACGCGUGGGAUGCUGAGAUGCAGGCCGCCUUCCGCACCAAGGGCGCGGAGCGAGAGAAGGCGAUUCGUUUGGUGAUCCCGAGCGUUGAGAAUGGCUUGCUGAAAAGGCACUGCAAAGAUUUCUCCGUUGCGGUCUGGCCAGAUGGAGACACGUGGUCGGUACCGCAUGUAAGCGCUGAGAAGUUGGAGGAGCUCUUGAAGUCUUCCUCCAAGGGUUCCCAGGUAGCCAGGAACUGGGUCGAGCACGUGACCGACGGCCAAGUCAGGCUCGUCGACUUCAAGCGGAGCGGCUUCUCAUUUUUGGCAACUCGCCAUGAGAAGUCGGAUGGCAAUGAACAGUUCGCCCAGCAAUCCCUGCGAGACUUCAACGAGGAUCAGAUCAGCCAGAUCCGCAAGCACAUGGAGGAGUUGGUGCACAUGUACGCGAAGAACACCAUCGACAAGGACGACCUCAUCAAGAAGAAGACCAGCUGCGUGGCCAAGGUGGCGCCAUUAACGACAGUGCGCAAGCGCCCUGCAGCAAUACCUGAUGGCCAAGGCGAGGCAGCUGCAGGAGGUAAAGGCUGCGGGGGCGACACGACGCCUGUGGCGGCUGCCAAGCACCCGAAGCCGAAGGGCAAAGCCAAGGGCAAGGCCAAGGUUGUGGGGAAGAAGGCGUCGCCGUCGAAGGAGCCUGGCGCUUCGGGCGAGACGCAGGAGGCUGCUUCGGUGGCCAGCAGUGACGAGGAGGCGGCGGCGUGGACAGCUUUGGGGCAUGGCUUCGACGACGUGCCGCCGCCAGGCUUUGGGAGCAUCUUCGACUUGAGGCACUGA